CGAAGACCGAAGAAGCGAGAUCGGAGACGAGACAACAAAUCGCACUCUGCGCCCUCGGCGGCACUCGGCGACGAAUCCGGACAUCGACGGCCGUUGACGACGGCGGGCGAGGCCGGGCGAAGAGAAGCGAGGAGACGAGUGCGCGGCGCGGCGAGGCGAGGCGAGACGAGACGAGGCGAGAACAGCCGAAAUGGAGGAGAGCCAAACAUCGGAAAGUGUCGCCGUGCUACCGGACAUGUCCGAACCGUUGACGAGCGAGACCGAGGAGGCGGCCGCGCUGACGAGCGAGCACGAGGCACAUCCCGUCGCGGUCACGGCGAGCGUCACUGCGGUGCCGGGUGUGCCGGGCGUUCCUGGGGUUGGUGUGCCGGUCUCUCUUCCUGUGGGCUCCAUCAUCGGAGUAGCGAACUCGACCAAUGGCACGACCUUCAACGUCAUCACCUCGGAUCAACUGCAGCUGCCAGGUUCAGGGCAGUUCAAGCAGAUGCUAUGCGUUGACAAUGGGUUUAUCUGUGAACCACGUCAUGACAAAGACUCGGAUCCUCUACGUUGGAAUGGUGAGCUGAAAGCAACUCACAUAGUGAUUCAGAAUAGCACAGAUGAAACGGAAACGGAGCAGAUACAUGUAUCUACACCCAGCUCUCAACCUAUAUACAGCUGGUCGGAUUCAGCGAAUUUAGCAGUGCUACCUAUUAGAUGUAAGAACACAAAUGCAGAAUUGCACAAGAGUAGAUUCGGAUCUGGCGGCAGAGGACGAUGUAUCAAACUCGGCUCAGAUUGGUACACACCUAGCGAAUUCGAGGCCCUCUGCGGCAGAGCAUCUAGCAAAGAUUGGAAACGAAGUAUUCGAUUUGGUGGAAGAAGUUUGCAGACUCUUAUAGAUGAACAGAUUUUGAAACCUCAUGCUACUUCUUGCACCUGUGCGGCGUGUUGCGAUGAUGACAGCGCGACGGGACCAGUUCGCCUUUUCACUCCAUACAAACGUCGAAAAAGACCCAAAGAUUCAUCUGAUGGAGAGGUUCCUUCCCGCAAGCAUAAGCUUGAGAUUUCGCGAGAUGGCAGCAAUAAUGAAGAUAGCGGCGAUGAGGUUGUUGUGCCUGACAAGGAGGUCUGGCCGCAGUUUGUUUCCGCGGAUGGGUUAGUUGUGCAACAACCUCAGGAACAGGACACAGUUGUGCAAAAUGCACAAACGGAAAACGGUCAAGGCGAUGACGUUUUUAAGAAACUAGACGAAAUGUCAAAUAAAAUGAUGAAAUUGGCUUACGAAUUUCGACGAAUCUUGGAAGAGGCAAAAGAGUUAAACAGGCAGCAGAGAAGAGAGCAGGCGUUGGUUGCACAACUCGGAGGGCGAACGGAUGUCAUCGAGGCUGUUGGAUUACAACCGUCAUCUGAUACGCAUAAUAAAAAGUGUGCCAACUGUAAUCGAGAAGCGUUUGCAGAGUGCUCUCUAUGCAGACGCACACCGUACUGUUCCACGUUUUGUCAGCGCAAAGACUGGGGAAGCCACCAGAUAGAGUGUGUGAGAGGUGCAACCGAGACUGUGAUGCUUAUAGUAGAAAGCGGCAACGGAGACACCAGCACUCUCCCAACGACCGCAACGGACCAAUAGCUAGUGUUUCUCACACCGAUUCACCAAAGGAAUGCAGAAAAUGAAGAAUCCAAUGUGGAAUCGUUAAAAUUUCAAGAAAAAACGUAGACUCGAAAUGUUCACAUUGCAUACAAAAAUAACGAAAUGUAUAUAUAUAUGUAUGAUAGAAAAUGUUUUGUGUGUGUAUAUGUUAUACAUAUACGAUAUACACAUGUGCGCGUGUAUAUAUGCAUGUAUAUACAGAAUGUCUCAAAUCUCGUGUGACAUUCAUUAAUGGUAGUCUCCUGAGAUCAUUUCGAGACGAAAAUCCUAGUAUCAAAAUGUCGAGGAUACAAUAGUUUUAAAAUGAGAAGAGUUUAAAGUUGACAAAUCAAACUGUCCAAAAUUUGCGCGCUCAGGUUUGGCACAUUGCACAGUAGCGAAAAUGUUCCUAAAUAUGAUACUCAUUUUUCAUAUUGAUUUUGCACAUAUCUUCAUGGUACGGUGUGCUGAGCGCGCGAAUUUCGGACAGUUUGAUUUGCCAACUUUGAACCCUUCUAAUUUAAAAACUACUAUAGUCUUGACAUUGUGAGAUUUAGGAUUUUUGUCUCGAAAUGAUCUCAGGAGUAUGCUGUUAACGAGUGUCGCGACUGGGUCUGAGACACCCUGUAUAUAUGUUGAUUAUCAGACUCUGAAAUAGAGCAAACAAAAGAAGGUAAGAAAAGAUAAUAGGAAGUAUUUGUAAAUGCUGUGCAUAAACACGUUUAAGUGUAUAAUGCCAGAUUUAUAUUAAUACAAAAUUGUAUUAAUUGUAUACAAAAUUUGUAUUAAUUAUAUUUAUUGGCUGUAGCAAUUCAUUUAAAAUUAAAUGUCUUGGUUGUAAACCUGUAAUCCUGUUUAGCAAUAAUCGAGAAAUGAAAGUUCAAGAUCUUUAUUAAUCACUUAUAGAAUAUCGAGCGAGAUAUUAUACAGAGUGCCAAAACACAUUGAACAAUGUAAAUAAAUCUAUUAAUAAUAUAGAAUUCUUAUGUCUCCACAGUCCAUGUAAACAAUAAUGUAACAUCCAUUGUUUAAACUUUAUUUUUUUGUAGUUUAUAUAAUUUUAUAUGUACUCACAACUGUAAUGAUUCAGAAUUGUCUAUUUUUUUCUGUCCUCGACUCGAGUACAAUUUGCUCAUAUUAAUUUGCAGAUAUUUAUCUCAUUAUUUAUCAUUGUACAUUAUCUUAGCGAAAGUAACACUGGUUUUUAAUAGACUGGAUUUUAAACAAGAGAGGGUCUUUCUUGUUGUCGUAAAAAUUCUUUUAUCUUAAUGAAAUUUUUAUAUUAUAAUUUGUGGAUUUAUUCAUGCUAUGCUCGAUACUUUAUAUUGAUUUUGCUUAUGUAUGAUGUUUUGUUUUACCUGACUUUAGACGUGUGAUUAAUAAGAUCUUGUUUCUUUUUACCUUUUUUCGAUUGUAAAAGCGACAAGCGACUGAAAAAAGAACACCAUUUCACAAAUUAUAAACCAGAUAAAUUACACAAAGUUAUAAUCUUUAAAUAAUUAAUAAUUUACUUUAAUAAAGUUCUAAGUUAAAUAGUUACGUAAUGCUAAAAAUAAGAAAAAGAAAUAAUGAUGUAUAAUGCUAAAAAUUGACAGUUGCAAUAAAUGAUAAUCUUCGACGACAUCGUAGACUUAUUAUCGAAGAUUAUUAUUUAUUUCUUUUAGCUGAACUUCUUGCAUGAUUUAUCUUUUCUCUUUUUCUUUUCUCAUUAAAAAAAAAGGGAAAAGAUGACAUGUAAGAAGUUCAGCUAAAAAGAAUAAAUCUCGUGUCUCACACACGACAGUUAUUAAUGUAAUAAAUAAAUAAAUAAAGAAUAUUUAACAUUCUAUUCAAUGAAACUAUUUUAACAUGAUUUAAAUUACCGAAAAAAUUGUAACAUUUGUACUUUAUUUUAAAUAAGACAAAUGGUUUAAUAGGCAUUCUCUUUUUCUCUAUCAACAUGAUUUCGAUGAUAUAGUCGUUGGAAGUCGUUCAAGAUAAAGAAGCAAAAAUAAAAAUAUUAACUUUUCAAAGCUUUUUUUCAGAAUCUCGUGUGAGAAGUUAAUUCCAUAUUCUUUAUUUGCUUAAAGAAUCAUUUCCUUUUUGGUUGCACCAUAAGUUCAGAAGAGAAUUAUACAUGUAAAUAUACACAUGCAACCGAAAAAGAAAUUAUAUACAUAUAUCAUAUAUAUGAUGUAUAAUAAAACUAUUUAUAAAACUAUUAUAUCUUGUUAAGUAAGCUUACAACGACUCGAUAUUCUUUAAAAACAAAAAUAAUUGAGAUGUAAUAAUGAAACAGUAUAUGCCAAGCAGCAUCGUGGCUGAAAUAUGUAUAUGUAUGUACGUACGCGUGUGUAUAUUUACUUUGUGUGUAUUUUAUAAAAAUUAAGUUCAAAAUUACUUAUUUCUACAAAAUACGUGCGGAAUUCUGGAUAAUUUAAUUUUAAUGAACAUAGCUAUAAAUGACCAAAGGUGACAAUCUUCUGUAAGGUAAAUUUAUAACUUAAAAAUUACAUUUUGAAUAUAUUAGAAUAUGUAACUCAUUGCACAUUAUUAUCGUCUUACUUUUCUAAAUGUUCAUCUAAAAUAUUGAAACCUAUUUCAUUUACAAAACUAAAUUAUAUCAAUUCUUUACUCAUGUGUGUGUUUAGUACAAAUAUAUAGAUAUUGACAAAGAUAUAAAAAAUAUUUAUGCAAUUAGAUGUGCAGGAAAUAGUACAACUGCAACGCGUACAAAGUCUGUAUAUUAGAUAUAAAAAAAAAUCCAUGAUCAAUUGGACUGCACAUAUAUUGAGAUUCAUUUAAAUGGAAAAAAAAAAUUAGUUUGUAAUCUUUACUACUUUGUACAAGAAUUUUCAUAACAAGAUAUAUUAUUUGUAUAUGUCCCUUUUGAAGACAAUAUAUUCAAAUAAAACUUUACCUUUAAAGUAAAAUAAAAUUGAUUUUAAAUGUAACUCGCAUCACGAUUGUUUCUUCAUAAAUAGAAAUUACUUUAAUACGUAAAGAGAAGAUUACUUUUAAUAAAGAUAUAGCAAAAAAGAUUAAUUUUUUUUUACUACUAUACAAUGAAAAUGAAACAAUAGUAUAACUUGAUAUGUGAUAUUAUAAAUAAAAACAAGAACAAUUUCGCUGCAAUUUAAAUAUGUAGCACUUUUAUAAUUUCUUGUUUAAACAUAUUUGUAUAACAUAGUACUAGAUAUCUUUCUAAUGUUGCGUAUCUUUAGACUUUAGCCUAGAUUGUGUAAUAUUAAUUGUAUGAAUAAAUCAAUAGAAG